UGCAGAAGAUCGGUGACCGCUAGUUUUGUCUCACGACCGGAAUGAUUCGAAAGAUAAAAUUACGUGUAAGCAACGUAUGCAUGUGAAAUUAAAUCCAAUGGAAACACGUACUCUCCAAACGCUAAUAACAGCGUAAAAUCCAUGAGUCACGCAUAAAUCCCAACACUUUCUACAACUUGCGACAGUCGUGCGCCAGCAAUCGCAUCGUGUGGUUGCAUGACUUCGUUAAUUCACAGUUCAAUAAUAUAUAUGAAGUCAUUUAGUAUAUCAAGUUUUAUUUAAAUCACAACAAUUAUGCAGACACGUGAGUAUCCAAAAACUUAUGUGGAGUUUGAAGGUAAAUCAAAAAAUGGUGCCGCACCACGAAAAUACUGGAUUCAAGUCGUACCGGAAGAAUUUUUUGAUGAGAUUGUCGACCAUCUCAAUAGUGGCUUCGCAAUGGACGAACCAAUAUCCAAAUAUAAAAAAGGAUACACUGACGAAGCAACCAAGACCGAAUUGCGCGUUUAUCAAUAUGAAAUGUUACGAGAAAAAAUCUGUCUGGCUUGUUUAACAAAAGACAAUCAAGGUGAAGUGAAACUUGCUGGUUUCAACAUGUUAAUAAUUACGAAAAAAGACGAAGACGACGAUGAUGAUUCUGAAUCCAAGGGAUGGUUUCUUCCAUUUAUAAUCAGUAUUUAUGAUUACGUUGACGAACAACGUAAUCUUUUUGAAGAGUUUGGCGUUGAUAAGUGCUUAAAAGGUACCGGACUAUAUGUUUUACCAGAGUACAGAGGCGAGGGCAUAUGUGAACAAAUAUUAAGAGCAAGAGUACCUUUGUGCAAAGACCUCGGUAUUAAACUUAUCAGUACAAUAUUUACAUCAACAUUAUCACAGAAAGCAGCUUACAAGGCUGGCUACAAGGACUUUUAUUGUAUAGAUUACGUGGAUUUAUUUAAAGAAAAACCAGAAUUUUAUAUAUCUGGUAUUCAGGACCAUUCAAAAAGUAUCAAGAUUCUGUAUCAACUAGUAGAAUAAAAUAAUAUCCUGGACUAAA